AUGGAGCUGAAAAAAAAGCCGGGGCGGGUCGCUACUUCUAUAGUAUAUGGUGUUCCAUCCACUAACAAUAUAUAUUUUGUCCCCAGCAAACACGUGACCAUCCACGUCCCCUACAAGGUCCACACCAUCCACCACCACCACGUCUCCAAAGUCCACGUGCCGGUCGUCAAAGAGGUCCCCGUGAUCAAGGAGGUCCCCGUCUACAAGGAGGUGCACGUGCCAGUGAUCAAGCACGUGCCUUACCCGGUGGAGAAGAAAGUGGUGGUGGAGAAGAUAGUGCACGUGCCCGUGCACCAUCAUGAGGAACACAAGUGGGAGGCGCCCAAGGGGUGGGAGAGCGAGUCGCUGUCGCACGGCUGGAACUGAUUGAGUUGCGAGUGUAUUAGUAGAAAUAGGUAUAAAUAAGAAUGCGAAGAGAGAUUAUAUGACAAGCUGCAAACUUGGUGAAAUAAAUAUCAACAUACACAAAAUUCAGUGGUGCAAGCAAAUAUAAACCUGG